AUGUAUCUCACAACAUUCAGCAAGGAAAAACUUCCUGAAAUUAUAGAGGAAGUAUAUAAAACAAAUGAUGAAGACUCAUAUGUCUUCAGUUCAGCAAGAGUGUCUGCCCUGGAGUUUUUAAAGGACUGGAAAUAUAAAAUGUUGAGGAAGAUGAGUCAGAAGCAUGUCAAGAAUGUAAAGAAGAUUGACCACAAGGACAAUUUCAAUAUUGGCAUGCACUGUUGUCAGAAUCCUGACAAACUCUUUGCAUAUUUUGCAAAGCACUUUGACCCCAAAAAAUUCUUUGAGAUUUUCUUCUGGGCAGAGCCAAUUGUUGAUUAUGAGAAAUCAAAGCAAUUAGGGCAAUGGUAUAUCAAGUUGCAGGUCAAACUGCAUGAUGACCUCAUGAAGAAAUUGAACUGCAAGAAGGAAGCCAUUGGGGCAUGGUGGGAAAUCCUCAAAUUUUAA